AAAUCUAACGAGUCUGAGAAAAAAAAAGCAAUGCCUUUUUUGCAGGUAAAGAUUCAGCCUGAUAUUUGCACCAUCUCUUUGACUUGAAUCUGUACUCUCUCUCUCUUUCUCUCUCUACAUCUCUUUCUCUCUCUACAUAUAUAUUCAAGUACAUACAUAAUUUGGUGGCGAAAGUACCUAUUACACCCCAGCGCCUUCUCUUUCUCUUUUUUCGCUGCUUCUUUUUUGUGUCUGAUUCCACCCUGGUAAUAAUACACAUGAGUAUAUAAAAACACAAAAUAAUUAAUAAUAAUAUAUAACCAGAGCCGCCCCCCAUUAAAGUAGAGUUCCAUUGAUUUAAUUUGUUUCUCUCUCACACACUAACACACACAUAAGAAUCUAGAGAGAGAGAGAGAGAUGGGUUGUUGGUAUUCAAGAUUAGAUAGAGAAGAGAUGGUUUCAAGAUGCAAGGCUAGAAAGAGAUACAUGAAGCAGCUUGUUAAAUCUAGACACUCUUUCUCCGCCGCCCACAGCAUGUAUUUAAGGUCUCUCCGCAACACCGGCUCCGCCCUUCUUCAGUUCGCCACCGCCGAGACCAGCCUCCACCACCACCUCCACCACCUCCGCCACCACAACCCACCACCCAACCCCUCUCCACCCCCUUCCUUGCCCAACCGCCCACCCCCCCCAAUGAGCCCCAUUUCCUGGACAACCACCUCCACCACCACCACCACCACCUCCUCCGCCAUCCGGCCACCCCCUCCGCCGCCUCCGCCGCCUGUCCCAUCUUCAUCCACCUGGGAUUUCUGGGACCCUUUCAUGCCCUCUUCCGGUCGGUCGGUAGACGAGGAGGAGUGGGAGGAGGAGGAGACCACCACCGCCUCCGAGGUGGCCCCAACCACCACCACCACCACCGCCACCAGAGCUCAGAGCAUGGCCGCCCCGCCUUCUGCCAUCACAACCACCGCCAGCAGCGAUCUCGCAGUAGUAGUAUCCACCAAGAGCAAAGAUCUGGUCGAGAUAAUCAAAGAACUCGACGACUACUUCUUGAAAGCCGCCAACGCCGGCGGCGAACUCUCGAUGCUGUUAGAAGUUCCCAUUUGUAGUAGUUUCAAUCGCCAAACAUCCUCAGCAGCAAAGGAUUAUGGGUAUGGGAAGAGUAGUUCGACUCCUUUGUUAUGGAUAUGGGGUUCGAGCAGUGCAAAAUGGAACGCAUUUGGGAAAUUCGGCGAAGAUCCAAUCGGAAAUAAUAAUUGUAUGGCUUACGAUGGCAGCGCUACUCAUUCUUCGACAGUCGAGAGGUCUAUACGCCUGGGAGAAAAACUCUACCAGGAGGUUAAGAAUGCGGAGUAUAUGAAAAUAGAGCAUGAGAAAAAGGCAGGGGUGCUGAGGAAGCUAGAGAUGAAGAAUGCCGAUUAUAUAAAGACCGAGAAGGCGAAGAAAGAGGUCGAGAAGUUGGAAUCUCAGAUGACGGUUGCCGUGCAGGCGAUAGAGACGACUUCGACCGAGAUUAUCAAAUUGAGGGAAUCCGAGCUUUAUCCACAACUCUUCCGUCUUGUCAAAGGGCUAAUGAGCAUGUGGAGAAGCAUGUACGAAUUCCACCAAGUCCAAACGCACAUAGUCCAACAGCUCAAGUACCUCAACUUCUUCCCGUCAACGGACCCCACUUCCGAGAUCCACCGACAAGCAACUCUCCAGCUCGAGCUCGAAGCACAACAAUGGCACCUCUCGUUCUGCACGCUCAUCAAAUCCCAACGCGACUACAUCCAGUCACUCACGGGCUGGCUCCGCCUCAGCCUCUUCCAGGUGGCGUCGGUCAACACCAACCACAAUCCAGUCAACAUCCGAAAAACCAAACAAGAUUCCGCCAUUUACUCAUUCUGCGAAGAAUGGCAGCUCGCGAUUAACAACUCACCCGACAAAGUCGCCUCUGAAGGAAUCAAGAGUUUUUUGACAGUGAUUCACGCAAUUGUAAUGCAACAGGCGGAAGAACAGAAGCAGAAGAGGAGGGCAGAUUCGGUAUUUAAGGAUCUUGACAAGAAGGCGGGCGAGCUGAGGUCGUUGGAGAAUAAGCACGGGCCGUAUUUUGUUCCGGAAGGUUCCGGAGAAACUAAGAAGGAUCCCGUUAGAGAUAAAAGGGCUAAGGUGGAAGCUUUGAGGGCAAAGGCGGAGGACGAAAAGGCCAAGUACGAAAAAGCGGUUAGUGUGACGAGGGCUAUGACUAUGAACAAUCUGCAGAUGGGAUUGCCGCACGUUUUUCAAGCGAUGACCGGUUUUGCUAAUGUGUGCGCGCAAGCUUUUGAGUCGGUGCACAAUCAGUCUAAAAGUACCGAUGAUCUUCACAACGUGAAAAUGAUAUUACCUUGAACUUCAAUAGGUAUUUAUUUAUCGAGUUUUUUUUUUUUUUUUUUUUUUUGGAUAGAAGAAUUUUGGACUUGCUCGAUUAGGGUGUUUGCGAGGAAUGCAGUGUACCAUUAUGGUUUUGUUAUUGUAAGUAUUCCUCCUGGUUUGGUGUAGUAUUUACGUGAUUAGGGUUUGGUCAUCAGAUUUCUGCUUUAGAUACUCUCUAGGUUCUCUUUUUUUUUUAUGACUGUUGUUACCUUUGUAUUUUUGUCCUUGAAGAAGCACGGUUCUUUGAUUAUGUUUACUAUGAGAAUCAGGGUAAUCGUUAGCUUGAUGGUCA